AUGGCGGACAUGAACGACUUGAUCAAAGCUGCGAUAGAAGUAAAUUCUCAAUCCAAACCUUUUCAAAGUAACUCUAUUGACGAAAAUAGAUUCAUCGAAACACUCCCAGAAGACUGUACUUAUCACGUGAAAGAGCUUUCGGGUGUAGAGGAGAAGUUCAAGGCGAUUAUCCAAACAGAAGAGGUAACUACCGAGAAUCUAGAUGGAUGGCUGGCCGAAUAUGAAGCGAUUAACAGCAUUACUGUUCGAAUCAAGACUAAGAAAAAGCUAACAAAAGGGGUAAUCUUUGGCUCGGGCCCAAGCCCCUAUAUUCUGGGCGCUACUCUGCAGAAACAUGUGGCUAGUUACAGUGACAAGUACCCAGAGACUGUGCACCAGUUACUAACUAACACAUAUGUAGAUGAUGUACAGACAGGUGGAGACGACCCUGAACAGCUGCUUCGAUUUAAGCAGGAAGCAAGCGAGAUCAUGGAGAGUGGAGGAUUCCAGCUUCACAAAUGGCACAGCAAUGUCCUUGAAGCGGAGGAGAGUACCUCAGCAGAGAGAGCAGACCGGGCCGUGGACAGGCCACCGGUAAAGAUCCUAGGAAUACCUUGGGACAAGAACAAGGACGAGCUUACGAUCGCAUUCAGCGAUUCCACCGAAGAAGAGGUGAGUGGUGCACUCACAAAGAGGAAGAUGCUAGCAGUGAUCAAUCGCAUCUACGAUCUGCUAGGACUCGCUUCGCCAGUCACUGUGACUGGCAAAGUACUGUAUAGCAAGGUGUGUCUUAGUGAGAAGAGGUGGGACGAGGCGAUUACAGACGUAGAAAUUGUUAGAGAGUGGAACAAGUGGCUUAAGAGCAUGAAGGCAUGUCCAUCAGUUAGUAUUCCGCGCAGUGUAGUGGAUCAGCACGUGACAAGGAUAGAGCUACAUGGGUUCUCAGAUGCGAGCAAGACAGCCGUAUCGGCUGCGAUUUAUGUAGUAGCCCAUCACGCAGACAGUUCUGUUAGGCAGACAUUGCUUGUCGCAAAGUCAAGAGUAGCCCCUAAAAAUCAGAGCAUUCCUCGUUUGGAAUUAGUUGGCGCACACACCCUCACAAAACUAAUGACUCAUGUUAAGGAAGUUUUGCAGGGUCAACCUAUCCAGAGCUACCAGUGUUGGGUCGACAGCACCACCAUCCUCUACUGGAUCAAGGGCAAAGGUACCUGGUCACAGUUCGUGCGCAACCGGACAAAGGUCAUCCAAGAGAGGGACUACCUUAAGUGGAAUUACGUCCCAACGGGUGAGAACCCAGCAGACAUAGGAAGCAGAGGAGCGGGACCGGGGGAGCUAAGCGACAUGUGGCUGCAUGGGCCUAACUGGCUGUCAGACAAGGCGAAAUGGCCUCCACAACCAGAGGUAACAGACAACGAUGAGGUAGCGAGUGAGACGGUGAAGAGCCGCAAGGAGAAAUUACUGGUGGCGACAGAAGAACCAGAGAAAAAGGGACAGGUAGACGCUUUGCUCGAGCAGUGUUCGUCCUACUGGAAGCUUAGGAGAGUCGUUGCUUACAUACAACGGUUUGGUCAUAACUGCAGAUCCAAGAGCAAGCGCACAGGACCGCUCACCACAGAGGAGAUCAACAAAGCCGAGUCCACACUGAUUCGCCGUGCGCAAGUGGCAAAGAGGGAGAAAGUGGAGACUUCCAUGGAGGUGCAGAUAGGCGAAGAUGGGAUAGCUAGAUGUGUCGGACGCAUCGCCGGAUACCAACCCAUCAUCCUACCCAGAGACCACAAGCUGACAACUUUGAUCAUCAAGCAAGUCCACGAGAAAGCCAUACACGGGGGAGUGUCAAUGACUAUGAGUCUAGUCCGGGAGAAGUUCUGGGUACCAAAGCUGAGGGCUCAAGUAAAAAGGGUCAUACACAACUGCAACAAAUGUAAGCGAUAUCGGAUAAAGCCAGUGUUGACUCCGGGAUCAACAGCCUCAGCACAGCUGCCGUCAUUCCGUACGGAGUUCUCUGAGCCUUUCGACGUAACAGGGGUCGACUUUGCAGGCCCAAUCUAUUAUCGCACCAAGUCCGAGCAAGGCAAGGCAUACAUCGCGCUGUUUACGUGUGCAGCCACUAGGGCAGUCCAUCUAAAGCUCUGCCCGGAUCUAUCAGCACCAAACUUCCAGAGAGCGCUCAAAGAGUUUGUCGCAAGGAGAGGAUGUCCUCAGAUGAUCGUGAGUGACAAUGGAAAGACCUUUGUGGCAACAGGGAAAUGGCUUUCAGUGCUAAAGAAGGACGAAAGUCUAUCAAACUAUUUGGCCUCGCAAGCGAUCAUCUGGAGAUUCAACAUGUCACGAGCACCUUGGUGGGGAGGCUUCUUCGAGCGCCUAGUCGGUGUCAUGAAGAACGCGCUCUCUAAAGCAGUUGGGAGGAGCCUUCCCAACUACUGCGAGCUUGAGGAUGCGCUCCUAGACGUAGAAACAGUAAUGAACAACCGACCAUUAGUGUACCAGGGGGAAGAGUUUGAUGAACCCGUCAUCACACCCAACCUGUUGCUCAGGGGGAGACCAGUCCCCAUCCUCGAAGAAGACUUAGAGAAGUUGUCAGAUGCCAGAAACGUGACAAGACGGAUGAGGUUUAUACAGCGUAGCAAGGAAGACCUGAAGAAGAGAUUCACAAGAGAGUACGUACGAUCUCUAGAGGAGAGACAGCAGAAGCACGAAGAACGCAGUGGUGAGCAGCUGAAGGUGCCGGAGAAAGGGCGCGUAGUCCUGCUCAAGGAGGAUGUCAAGAAUAAGGCUCAAUGGAAGAUUGGACGAGUAGUGGAGAAGAUUACAGGAAGAGACGGCGUAGUCCGGGGAGUCAAACUGAAGAUGGGGAACGGAUAUGUGAUAGAACGCCCUCUUCAGUUGAUUUGCGACCUAGAGAUUGGUGGGGAUGAUCCGGGGAUCAAGUUAAACCCUAAGGCGCAAGUAUUCAUCCCAAGAAGUGGGUCAAGACGUCAGGCAAAAGAUAGCGCCAAGGACAACAUCAAGGGCAUCUUUUUACUGGAAGAAGACUAG